UUUCUCAUUAUCUGCAGAUGGCUUUUCUGGUAGGAUAGAGUGAGAGAAAAUCUUAAUCAACCCACAACUAAACAACCCCCAACCAAUAACAAUCAUCCAACUCAGCCUCCUUACUCCCUCCACCUUAUCCACUCUCCCUCUUCUCUCCUACACCACCAAUCUCUCCUCCGAGAAUCUAAAAACCUGCCCUCCACACUAUCCCCUCCAGAUCUUCUCCUUCCUCUCUGUUCCUCAUCACAAUCCCAUAACCCAAAGAAAAAUAGAGAGGAAAAAAAACAGAAAAAAAAAAAAUGUCUCUCACAAUUCCCACAAACCUCUCAAAACCCAUGUUGAAGCCAAAAUUCAGCUCCCCAUUGGCCACAAAACUGCCAAGGACCGUGGUCUUCUGCUCAGCCUCUCAAACUCCAAACCCUACCCCAGAGAAAAUAUCCACUGCAUCACCAAUGCAGGCUUUCUCUGCUGCACUUGCCCUGUCCUCCAUCCUCCUGGGCUCAGCUCCCAUGCCUGCAGUUGCAGACAUCGCAGGCCUCACCCCAUGCAAAGACUCCAAGCAGUUUGCCAAACGUGAGAAGCAGCAGAUCAAGAAGCUUGAGUCUUCACUGAAGCUCUAUGCACCUGACAGUGCACCAGCCCUGGCCAUCAACGCCACCAUAGAGAAGACUCAGAGGAGGUUUGCCAACUAUGGCAAGCAGGGUUUGCUCUGUGGCUCUGAUGGGCUUCCCCAUUUGAUUGUCAGCGGUGACCAGAGGCACUGGGGUGAGUUUAUCACCCCCGGCAUUCUGUUCCUGUACAUUGCUGGGUGGAUUGGGUGGGUUGGCAGGAGCUACUUGAUUGCCAUCAGGGAUGACAAGAAGCCAACGCAGAAGGAGAUCAUCAUUGAUGUGCCUUUGGCCACUAGCUUGGUUUUCAGAGGCUUCAUCUGGCCUGUGGCUGCUUACAGAGAGCUCGUGAACGGUGAACUUAUUGCCAAGGACGUUUAAGCUUUUGGGUUGGCUUUUAUUUGUUCUGAAUUUCUUGUAUAAUUUGUAAAAUUUUACUUGGAAUUAUUAUAUGUACCAAAUGCUUGUGUUUCAAACUGAUCCGCUUAACAGUCCUAGUUGUGGUA